AUGAUGAUGGGAACCAAAACAGCAUCGGAAGACGCCGUUUUGCUUAAUGUGCGAGAUGAAAUGCAACAAUUCGAUAACGACAAGACAUGGAAUGUUGUAUAUGAACAAUUAAAAAAUAAGUCUACAGUUCUGACCCAGAAUUCUCCAGUUGAUGCCGCUAGGGAUGUCAAAAACCGAUGGAAGAAUCGCUACCGGGAUGUUAGUCCGUUUGACUCUACCAGGGUUUUCCUAUGUAGCGCUCGUGAUGGUGACUAUAUUAAUGCAAGCUUUGUCUUCAUUCCGGAGGUGCCUUCCAGAAAAUAUAUACUCACUCAGGGUCCAAUGCAGCAAACUGUGAAUCAUUUCUGGCUAAUGGUUUGGGAGCGACAGUGCCCUGCCAUUAUUAUGCUCAAUCGCCUUGUUGAAAAAGGCUCUCUUAGGUGUCAUCCUUAUUUUCCUUAUGAUGGUGGUCCUUCUGUACUAAAACUAGAAGACGUUAACCUAAAUGUCGAGUUGGAGUGUGAGAUAAAUGCAAAAAUAUUUAUUAGUCGGAAAUUCAUCAUUACAAACAUUAAGACCAAUGAAGCUCAUCAUGUCUUGCACAUGCAGUAUACUAAUUGGCCUGAUUUUGGGAUACCUAAUUCUCCUAGCGCAAUACUGAAUUUUCUUUGGUCUGUUAGAGCUUCGGGUGCAUUAAAUGAUCCGUGUUAUCCACCAGUUAUACAUUGUAGUGCUGGUAUUGGACGAUCAGGAACAUUUGUUUUGAUAGAUCUAGCAUUAAUCUUAAUCGAACAAGCGAAUUCUAUUUCUGGUGUUGAUAUAAAAAUUUAUUUCUUGAGUUAA